GUGUGGGGUACAUAGUAUAAUCCUCCUAUUCCAGCAUGGCAAGUUGUAGCCAAUAAGCCCUGAAAUCUGCGACUUCCUCAGGUCACACGUGAAAAACCUGUCCUAAGCCUCACCAUGCACGACGUUCAACCAAAGGGCUAGCACUAGGAGUACAAUCGCGAAAGCACGUGUACCACUGAUUCCACAACAUAAUAUCGCGGAGAGAAAUAGUAUUGUUCGGAUAUUUUAAAAAUUACAGAGGCGAACAAAGUUUUCAUUUUAUUAUUAUUAUUAUUAUUUUUUGUACCUUUAUUAUUUGAGAUAUUAAGAAAAUGGAACUCCUUGGAGAAGUUAAUAGAGGCAGAGCCAUAUGCAUUUGGCAUUGAAAGUGUUCUCAUGGACAAGUAGAACCAAAACGAAAGCUAUGAAACCAAUUAACUACCAAUUUCGUCGCCACUUGGCCACAAAAUACACAGCCAAAAUCACCUCCACUUCCCCCACCGGCCGUUCCCUAGCAGCAGAAGUAACCCCCCCAACUCCCCUCCCCUCCGACGUUCGUGGUUACUCCCUCCCCCGCCGUGACCUCAUAUGUAAAGCCACCCAAAUCCUCCUCUCCACAAACCCCCAUCCCACCAAACAAACCACUCUUCGCGACCCAUUCUCCGACCUCUCCGAAUAUCUCCAAUCCCUCUCCAUCUCCCUAACCCCUCUCGAAGCUUCCGAAAUUCUCAAAUCCCUCAAAAACCCUUCCCUCGCUUUUAAAUUCUUCCAUUUUUGCCCCUCCCUUUCCCCCAAUUUCCGUCAUGACUCCUUCACCUAUAACCGUCUUUUCCUUACUCUCUCCCUCUCAUCUUCCCCUCUUCGAUUCGAACAAGCUUCCUCCCUAAUCGAUGACAUGGAGCGGCGCGGCGUGCGCGGCUCCAUCUCUACCGUUAAUAUUCUUAUUGGAUUCUUUCGUGAUUUGGAUCGCUGCAUUGGCUUGGUUAAGAAAUGGGACCUUACACUUAAUGCUUAUACUUAUAAGUGCUUGCUUCAAGCUUAUUUGAGGUCUCAUGAUUCUUCUAAGGCUUUUGAUGUUUAUUUGGAUAUGUUGAGACGUGGUUAUCAUUUGGAUAUUUUUGGUUAUAACAUGCUUUUGGAUGCUUUGGCUAAGGACCAAAAGGAGGAUAAAGCGUAUAAAGUUUUUGAGGACAUGAAGCGGAGGCAUUGUGAGCCAGAUAUGUUCACAUACACCAUUAUGAUCAGAAUGACUGGGAAAUCUGGCAAAACUGAUGAGUCGCUAGCACUCUUUCAGGUGAUGUUAGAAAAGGGCUUCACUCCAAAUUUGAUUGCUUAUAAUACUAUGAUUGAGGCACUUGCCAAGGGGCGGAUGGUGGACAAGGCUGUCCUGCUUUUCACAAAAAUGGUGGAGAAUGAUUGUCAGCCUAAUCAAUUUACGUACAGUGUGCUUUUGAAUGUUCUGGUUGCUGAAGGACAGCUUAGUAAGCUUGACAAUAUUGUGGAGAGAUCAAAGAAAUAUAUGAGUAAGCAGAUAUAUGCUUAUUUUGUAAGGACUUUAAGCAAAUUGGGUCAUUCCUCUGAAGCACAUAGGCUAUUUUGCAACAUGUGGAACUUUCAUGACAAAGGUGAUAAAGAUGCUUACAUGUCCAUGUUAGAGAGUUUAUGCGGUAGUGGUAAAGUGACAGAAGCUAUAGAUCUUCUGAAUAGAUUUCAUGAAAAGUGUAUAACCACUGAUACUAUCAUGUAUAAUACAGUAUUCACAGCUCUUGGCAGGUUGAAACAAAUAUCACAUAUUGACGAUCUUUAUGAAAAGAUGAAACGAGACGGCCCUCCACCAGACAUAUUCACAUACAAUAUUCUGAUCUCCAGCUAUGGAAGGGCUGGAAGAGUCGACAGUGCUGUUAAAAUUUUUGAAGAGCUUGAGAAUAGUAAUUGUACGCCUGAUGUUAUUUCGUAUAACUGUUUGAUCAACUGUCUUGGAAAGAAUGGGGAUGUUGAUGAAGCUCACAUGAGAUUUAAAGAGAUGCAGGAGAAAGGAUUAAAUCCGGAUGUUGUAACUUAUAGUACACUUAUUGAAUGCUUUGGCAAGACAGAUAAAGUUGAGAUGGCGGGUAGCUUGUUUGAUGAAAUGAUUGCGGAAGGAUGCUCUCCAAACUUAGUAACGUAUAAUAUUUUACUCGAUUGUCUGGAAAGGUCUGGAAGAACUGCCGAGGCAGUGGACCUUUAUGCAAAACUUAAACAACAAGGACUGACACCGGAUUCAAUAACAUAUGCAGUGCUUGAGCGAUUGCAAAGUGGUAGACACGGGAAGUUGAGGAUUCGUAGGCAGAACCCUAUUACAGGAUGGGUUGUUAGCCCUUUAUGAUGAUAUAGUAAACUAAAUAAUUUUUAUAAAUUCAUUACACAGAAAUUCUUUGUAAUUAGGCCUUCUCAAGGUUCUUUGUAAGCUAUUAUAGCUGUGUGGCCAAGGUGAAGAACAUAUAUGAUUAUGUCCAUGUGAUGAUAAGUUGAUACUCAUGUUGGUUGGGCAACAUAAUCAAGUUUUUCUGCAAUGGGAUUUGUGACUUCAAACAUGGGAGUUCAAUGAAAAGAGUUUGGUUUCUUUCUCUUCUGAAUCUCAUAUAGAUUCUGAUAAUUUAAUUCAUAAUAGGGUCUAGAGCAAGCUCAUACUAGAUGAGUUAUCACAGUAAAAUUUGUAUAUAGGAUUUUUCAUUCUUACAUGAAUAGCAACAGGGAAAAUCUAGUUUUGUUUUUGGAGGAAAGGAGAGAACUAUUUUUCUUGGUUUGAUAUUUGAGAUUUCCAAGCUUGUACCUAUAUUGGUUCCUCAAUCAGCAUUGAGUAUUGAAUGUCAAAUUUGAUGAGUUUUGUCCUGUAA